GACAAUAAGACCUCCUUGCCAUAACACAAGGUGCAUCAGUGUUAACAAACACUGUAGUCACAUGCUAUAGGUAUACACCUCUAUGCUUAAAAGCCCCUCAACAACAUACCAGUGAGUAUGUUUCCAUGGUAGCCCAUGUGCUAUGAAGAGGGCUUUGUGAAACAAACCCCAAAUUGCCUAGUGUGGAGAGGUGUUUGUGUCCCUUGAGAGGCAUCAUGAGUUUACUCAUCAGGUGUAUGGGAUUUCUCUCCUUUCUGCUGCUUCUCUCCUCGAGCCAAUAUAACCUGUUCGCUUGGGUGAAUCACACAAAUGUGCACAAGGCUCUACUGGACAUGCUUCAUAACAAUAACAGCAAGGCUAUCCCAACGCGCCCUGGAGAUGAAGGUGCCAGGGUCUUCUGGGCCACGUGGAUGCCUUUCCCAUUGUCACAGGAACCAGACGAGCAGAUGGACUGGUGGGCACCCAUCCUGCAAGUCCUGAGAAUCCACAACCUUAAAGGCUGGACAGAGAAGGAGAAAGGGCUAAUUGACCAUGCCUGGGAGAAAUUCUGGAUGAUGUUCAAACACACAGACCCUGUAAAGGACAUGAAGCAGAUCACUUUGAAAAGAAGGAAGUCUAAAAUCUCACCACCCUCAAAGAUAUCCUCAGGAUUCAGCUGGCACUGGUUUAUUGUAUUUGUUAUAGCUUACAUCUGGAAGUUGAGAGGAAGAAUCACCAGUAGUGAAAUAACAAUAGAGAGUCUCUCUGAGCAACUCAAUACACAGACUCAUGACCUGGAGAAGAUGCUGGAGCUGCUACAGCAGAUGCAGGAAAGUCUGGACCACCUGGAGAAUCGCUAUAAUGCCAUUAGCCAAACCAGAAGGAGGAGGAGCAGGGCACAGCAAGUUACACAGAUUGCCUUUUCUGAUUCAUCGAUAUCCUCAGACUGAGACUUCCCCCUCUGGAGCGGUGCUUUUUAGCCCUAAGACAAAGAGGCAUGAGCCUCAGUGAAUGUCUUUUUCCUCCUGUCACUACUACAAUUCAGUUCAGAUUCUCAGUAAGCUGUGGUUAAUGUUA